CUGUGCUUUGUUCGGGCUUUUAAAGACGAAGGAGGGGAAACUAAGUCAGCGCAAUGUCAGUGCAGUCAGCCUGUUUUUAAAGAAACGGAAAGGAUUUUGUUUCCUCUCUCAGCUCUACAUUCCGCAAUGGCAGAUCACAGUAAGGAGACUUUGAAGAGGAUUAUUACUACCCUGGCUGUGAAGAAUGAAGAGGUCCAGAACUUCGUCUUUGUGCUAAAACAAACCCUGAAGAAUGUUGAGGCUAAUUCUGAGAGAGCUCUUGCAGAUCUGGAGGCAGAAUAUAGUUCACUUUAUGCCAUACUGGAUGAGAUGAAGGAAGACAUGAUAACAAAGAUCAAGCAAGAACGAGCCAGCAAAACGUAUGAACUUCAGAAUCAGCUGACCGUCUGCACCAAGGCUUUGGAGAGUUCAGAGGAGCUGCUCGAAUUUGCUAACCAGACACUGGACACUGCAAACUCUGAUGGAAUCAGCGAGGCUGCCAAGCAGAUUAAAGAUAGUGUUACCAUGGCACCAGCAUUCAGGCUGUCCUUAAAGGCUAAAGCCAGUGACAAUAUGAGUCAUCUGAUGGUCGACUUUUCCCAAGAACAAAAGAUCCUUCGUUCACUCAAGUUCUUACCAGUACCAAGUAUUCCAGAGAUUGAUGCAUCCGAGUGCCUGGUGGCAGACAAUUGUGUGACCAUAGUGUGGAAAAUGCCUGAAGACGAUGGUAAGAUCGAUCACUAUGUUUUAGAAUAUCGCAAAACCAAUUACGAAGGACCACCACGAUUAAAGGAAGAUCACCCUUGGAUGGUGAAGGAAGGCAUCAAAGAGCAGGAAUUUACCUUGUCAGGGUUGAAAUUUGACACAAAGUUUAUCAACUUUCGGGUGAAAGCAUGCAACAAAGCUGUGGCUGGAGAGUUUUCAGAACCCAUCACCCUGGAGACAAGUGCAUUUAAUUUCAAUUUGGAUGCUGCAACAGCCCAUCAGAAUUUGAAAGUGGAGGACCAGAGUGUGGAAUGGGAUGCAUCAGGGGGAAAGGUGCAAGAGAUCAAAGUCCGAGGAAAGGAAAACCGAAGUAGGACAGCAUCGCCGGCGAAUUCCCCUGCAAGGAGCAUCAUUCACUCACCAAAGAGAAUGCCAUCUGGACGGAGCAGCAGAGAUCGCUUUACGGCUGAAUCAUACACUGUGUUAGGGGAUACUCUAAUUGAUGGUGGACAGCAUUACUGGGAGGUCACAUUUGAAAGGGACAGCAAGGCUUUCAUUGUAGGUGUGGCCUACAGGACUUUGGGCAAAUUUGAUCAACUGGGAAAGACCAAUGCCUCCUGGUGUCUUCAUCUCAAUAACUGGCUGCAAGUCAGCUUUACCGCCAAACACAACAACAAAGCCAAAGUCUUGGAUAUCUCAGUACCUGAGAGAAUCGGAGUUUAUUGUAACUACAGUGAAGGUCACCUGUCAUUCUACAAUGCCAAAACAAAGCAACUGAUUCAUUCAUUUAGAACAAAGUUCACACAGCCUAUCCUUCCUGCCUUCAUGGUCUGGUGCGGCAGUUUUAUUGUGCAAACAGGGCUUCAGGUACCGAGUGCUGUCAAAUCACUGCAGAAACGCAACAGUGGGACAAGCAGCUCCACUGCCAGCCUAACCUAGAAGUCAUUUACCAAGCUUCCAUGCUACUGCCCCCAGCUCAUACUAAAGCAAAGAUUGUACCCUGAAAACUGCCUUGAGAAGGGAACUGAAGACUGGAAACUAGAUUCUCCACACCCCACCCGAGUGUGGAACUUUGGCCUUUUUUUUUAAUUUACGAUGAUUGAAUUUGAACUCUUUCAGAAAUGGAGACUUGUGAUUGAGUAUCUGCUUCUGUUUGUGGUUGACACUAAAAUCUUGAUGCACAGCCUUGAUUGUGAAAUGUUUUUAAAAAUAAUAAACUGAAAAUGUUAAUUAUAGCCAAUGAUUGAACAAAUAUUUCUGGUGGAAUCUCAUGUGAUGUUCAUUUUUCUCCCUUUUGAUUGUAAUAUCAUUGUAAUAUCUUUUGAUCAUUAUAACCAACCCAUGAUAUAAACAGAUUUUCUACUGUCCUGUUUUCUCUAAACCCAGAAAGGAAGAGAGGAGUUAUUCAGUAUCAUGAUAAAAAUAUUGUUGCUUUAUCCAAUCCUGUAAAAAAAAUUUCUUUGUUCUCGCUGGGAACAUGGGACAUUUUAAGUUAUAGAAAAUAGUAUAGUCAUCCGAAAAUCAAAAUAUGCAAUUGAGCCAAUUGCAGUAAUGGGAAUCCUAUAAAGAAACUUGAAUGAGUAGUGCUAGUUCUCUAUCCACGCACUUUUUCUUAUUAAAUUUGAUGUUAUCUUGCUUCCCCCACAGUCUGGAGUGCAUCAAAUGUAAGCCUAGGAUGAGAAACCAUUCUUGUUUAUUUUCUUCUAGUUGAACCUGAUUUUUGUAAAACCCCUUCUAUUAGCUUGUUACUUCAAUAUGGUUGUAUGAGAUGGGGAAGGAAGAUUUAUAGACUUGUGGCCAUUCGGAUUACCAGAAUGCUGAACACUAUCCAGCUUUCUGUGAGCUCAUAUCCAUCUGGCAAGAUGGAUGCUUGUUAGUCAGUAUUCCAAGAAUAUUUUGAAACUGACCGUCAAAGGCAAUAGGAUUGUAGUUCAGGCUGAAUUUGGCUGAGAGCAAUGAGGCUCCUUACCAUGCAGUCUUCCUCCUUGUAAUUGCUGUAGGAUAAAUACCAUUUGAGAUUCUAAAAGAUUAAUGAUUUGACCACAUCAUCUGUGCAGUCUCUUUUGAGCUCUACUACUGCUGGCUGCUUUUCACAACUGAGGCAAAAUCUAACGCAAUCUGCAAACUAGCUGGUCUGAGUUAAAUAUGGGUAGAGCAUGGGUAUUUUGCUUAAACGUACCAAGCACAACAUUUGACCACAAACUUUUCUGAGAAGAGGUACAUCUAUUUGGGUAUUUUAUCCUGCCUUCUCUAUACUAGUAAACACGAGGAAUGGCUAUGAAACCACUUGGGGUCUGUUUCCUUUCAGUCCAUUAAUUAACAAAGUUACUUUGAUGAAUGUCAUGAUCUGUUAUGGGUUCACAAUUAAAGGGAAUCCAUUGCAGGCUUUAACACAAUAGGGUCUUUUAAAAUAAGUCACUAUUGCUGAAUGUUGUUAUAAUUUCAGAUUUGGCACAUGCUACCUGUAUAUCUCGAUUUCAAACCUUCAUGGAUGACAGCGUAGAGGCCAAAUGAAAAGGAAGCGUAUUUUAUUGAAUUCAAUGCAAUAUUGGCAUGUCUCAACUACCCCAGUCUGUGUUCUGUGCAUUUUAUGCCUCUUUUGGUGGAGCAGAUAUUUUGUGAUGCACUGUGUGUGAAAGGAAUGAAAUUGCAUUUGUAUAAUGUCUGAAAUUACAGUAAGUGAUGUGAUUAUAAGGAUAUUUGUGCACCUAUAAGUAAUUUAACUGGGGUAGCACUUAAUGCAGAGAGAUUUGACUUGAAUGUGACAAGUGCUAGGAAGAGGGAUUUCCUGGUGUCUAAACAAUAGUAGUAAAUGCAUUAACAGGGGAGCUGAGAACUGCUGACUGUUAGACAGAGAAUUCUAUUUUAUACCAUAUGAAGACUGUGAUAACAGUGAAAGUAUUCUACUGGAUUAAGUUUACAUGUUUAAAUCUUUUAGAAUUGGAAUCUGGGCUGUUGCGUUUUUGUGACUGGUUCUAAAUUCAGUAUUUAUUUUUACUUGUAAAAUUCAUUUUGCAUUUUCUUAGUAACACAUUGGCUUCAACAUCCAAUUAAUAGAGUGUAUAUAAAGAUUGACAUUUCACAUUAAUGUUUAAUAUUGUAUUAAAAAUUAAUUGCACCAACAUUGCUGUUUAGUGUUUGU